UUAGAAGCGGAAGGAGAGAAGAAGAAAAAGAAUAACAAGACUGUCACAAUUUGCGGACGCAACAAAAGUUGAAGAGCGUUGGCGCUGUAAAAGUAAAAGGUAAAGUUGCUCAAGAAACGCAGAAAAACAAUAUAUUCAAAACGUGCUUCGUUUUCUGCGGUGUUCUCUAGUUUGUCUUUGCCUCGUUGUUGUUGUUCAUCACAUUUGAAUCCUUCCCCGCUCAUCUUGGCUGCCAACAGGCCCGCAGGGGAUGCGCAUUGGAGCAGAGACGAUCGAGAGAGGAUCCUUAAAAGCUGUGAUUCUGACGUCGCUCCUGAGUGUGUUUAUGUUCCAGCUGCUGAGGACUGUUGGACUGCGAGCUUUCUCCAUGGCAUCCGAGACGUACCUGUCGGGAACACACUCUGCUGCCUUCGUCACCUGUCCAAAUGACACUGUAGCUAAAGACUUGGCUAAGGGCAUUGUGGAAAAGAAACUGGCUGCUUGUGUGAACAUUGUCCCAGCGAUUAAAUCGAUAUAUGAAUGGCAGGGAAAGAUAGAAGAGGAUAACGAAGUACUUCUGAUGAUCAAAACAAGAAGUUCCAAAGUGCCUGCUCUUGCUGAAUAUGUCCGCUCCAACCAUCCCUAUGAGGUGGCCGAGGUCAUCAGUCUGCCUAUUGAGCAGGGCAACCCACCUUACCUCAAGUGGAUCGGAGAUGUUGUGCCCGAGUAGAAAUAGAUGGAUGGGUGAACGUAAAAGAGAAACGAAAAUGCAACUGUUACCAAACUGCAGAAAACAUAGAUGAAAGGAAUCAUUGUGAAAUUAAAAAACAGUCUGUUAUGCUUUCUUACCACUAGAGGGCGGCGUCUGUUUCGUUUCUGAAAUGAAACAGUUUCUGCGUUGACCUCUUGGAAACGAUUUAUCGCUGUCUUCUUGAGCCAAAAUGUGAAAUAAAUUUUUUAAAAAUAA